CUUCUUUACAACUACAAUCAAGUUUUUUGGUUGUCAGAAACUCUUAAACUUUCUAUAAAGAAAUAGCACAAGUAGAUUGUUGAUAAUUAACAUGGCGUUUAAAUUGCCCGGUAUUCUCAGUGCCAAGAAGACUCUUCGCAGAUCAUUUUCGGGGCUUAAAGAAGCAGCUUUGAAGUCCAGUUCGAUUCCGAAAGGGUACAUUGCAGUGUAUGUUGGAGAAGAGGAGAAGAAGAGAUAUGUAGUACCUGUUUGGAACUUGAAUGAGACUGCUUUUCAAGAACUACUAAGCAUGGCAGAACAAGAAUUUGGUUACGAUCAUCCAAUGGGGAGACUUACAAUUCCAUGCAGAGAAGACAUCUUCAUUGAUCUCACUUCUCAGUUGAAUUAAUUAAUGGGUUAAUUAUUGUAUCUACAUGUAGCUCUGACAUUAAUUAGCACACACAAAUUUUGUAUAUCAUAUACUUUUUUUUUCACUGAUGAGAAUAUGUUAAUAGAAAUUGAAUUUUGAUUCAAAUGAUUAUAUUAUGA